UCUCUCUCUCACACUCACUCACUCUCUCCUGCCUAUAAAAAGAGACUCAGCAGUUUGUCAGAACAGCAGAAAUCAGCAGCCAUGGACACACAGAAAGCGUCUGUUCUUAAGGAAGGCUUUUUGGUUAAAAGGGGUCACGUGGUUCACAACUGGAAGGUCAGGUGGUUCGUCCUGAAAGCCGAGCAGCUGCUUUACUACAGGUACGAAGGGGGAAAGCGGGACUCGUGCCACCGAGGGAGCAUCCCGUUACACGGCUGUGAGAUCACCUGUCCUUACCUGGAAUACGAAAACAGACCGCUGGUCCUGAGACUAAAGACCAACUCUUCAGAGGAGCACUUCCUGGAGGCGUGUUCUCGGGAGGAGAGAGACGAAUGGGCCGAAGAGAUCGCAACGGUCGUCAAGAGACUCGGCGCUCAGGCUUCUUCUCCGGCUGUGAGGAAAUCUUCACGAUCUCUGCAGCUCCACAGCAUAAACCUCAGUCAGGUGGUGGACUCCAUGUACGACAUUCACAGCGGCAUUAAGAUGAGCAGCCAUGUGGAGCAGGGCAGCACCUACAUCAACUGUUUCUCAGGCUCUGGAUUAGUGGACUGGUUGGUGUCCACUCAGAUGGCUCUGACUCGAGUGGAGUCAGUGACUCUGGCGUCGGCUCUGCUGGAUGAAGGCUGUGUGAGAGCUGUGGGAGUUCGGAGCGUAGCGGCUGUGAGGAACGCCGCUCUCGGAGAACAGUUCCUCGACGACUCUACGGCUCUCUACAGCUUCGCCGAGAGUUUUAAGAAGAGGGGGAGUGUGAAGUCAGAGAAGUCCAUGUCUGCAGUAGAGCUGAGUGGAAGAGUGCAGAAGAGAGGAUACCUGGUCAAACAGGGACACAACGUUAAGAACUGGAAGGUGCGACUCUUCGUGCUGAGGUCAGAUCCAGGUUUCUUGCACUACUACGACCCGAGCAAGGAUGACAUCACUCCAGCUGGCGGCUUUUCUUUACGCGGCUGUCUGGUUUCUUCUCUGGAUGACAACGGUGUACCCUCAGGUGUGAAAGGUAAAGUCCAGGGCAACCUGUUUAAGAUCAUCACUCAGACGGAUAGACAUUACUUCAUCCAGGCUCCCACUCACCAGGAGAAGAUGGAGUGGAUCAACGCCAUCAAGCAGCAGACCUAAAGACAACUCACAAACUGCUGAGAAGCCUUUCACACCCAUAAUGAUGAUGAGGACGAUGAUGAUGGUGUCCUUUAUGAUGCAACGACAUGUUGUUGCUAUGACAGUGGAUGAAAAUAACACUUUUAUUAUAGAAAAAAAAAGAGAAUUAAAUUCUGGAGAACAAACGAAAUCCUUGUUCUGCUCCACGCUGAUGGGCUUCACCUGUUGAUCCGCAGCUCAAAACAGCAUCUUAUAACAUGUGAAGUGUUUCUCAGCGAUUGGCUUCUGGAGCUUCAUGUCUUUGGUGAGCAGGAACACUCUGAAGACAGCGCUGAGGUUCAUCCUGCUGGCAGGACGUUAACUUCACCAUGUUCACCUCCCUUUAAACUAACAGCUAAACGUUUUAGUGACCUUUCUGUAACUUAUUCUCGCUCUAAGCACUUUACAAAUAAAUCUCCCUUAAACCUCCGUGAAUGUUUGCUGUAUGUACAGAAAUACUGUUUUAUAUCGAGUAAAAUUUUAUUUGUGUUUAACGAAUAUUUUUAUCAGCUUUUAUAUGGAAAAUUUCUAACCAGACAAGUGCUGAUAUUCUCGUGAUAUUUGUUUUAUAUUGUGAUGCAUCAUGGAAAAUAAAGUAUUUAUUGUGUAACAGA